UCCGCACCUUCUUUGCAUCCCCUCACCUCUCCCUCUCCCUCAAAACUCCCUACCUUCCCUCUCUCGCUCUCCCUUCCCUCGCUCUUUCUCAGAAAAAGCUCUCUCUCUCUCUCUCUCUCUCUCUCUCUCUCUCUCUCUCUCUCCAGAAUGGAUUUGGGUUACGUCUCAAAGGACACAAACUGGUGGGUUUUCACACUACCAGCAUUCCUCGGCUCCAAAACCAUACUCGACCCCUACACCAUCCUCUCUCUCCUCACAUCCUUCCUCUGCCUCUCUCUCCUCACCUGGGCCUUCGCCGCCGGGGGCACAGCCUGGAAAAACGGCCGCAACAAAAAAGGCCCCACCGCGAUCCCCGGGCCCCGCGGCCUCCCCAUCUUCGGCAGCCUCUUCACUCUCUCCCGCGGUUUGGCUCACCGCUCUCUGGCUUCCAUGGCUCGAAGCCGUGACGCCACCCAGCUCAUGGCUUUCUCCCUCGGCUCGACCCCAGCCGUCGUCGCCUCCGACCCCAGCACGGCUCGCGAGAUCCUGAUCUCGCCUUCCUUCGCCGACCGCCCCAUCAAGCAGUCGGCCAAGAGCCUCAUGUUCAGCCGAGCCAUCGGCUUCGCCCCGAACGGGACCUACUGGCGCCUCCUCCGGCGAAUCGCUUCCUCCCACCUCUUCUCGCCCCGGCGCAUCUUAGCGCACGAGCCCGGGCGCCAGCAAGACUGCGCCGUGAUGCUGCGCAACGUAGCGACCGAGCAAGCGCUCAACGGCGCCGUCAGUUUACGGAAGCACUUGCAGUUUGCGGCGCUGAACAACGUCAUGGGGAGCGUCUUCGGCAAGCGUUACGACCCGGUGGAUGAUAGCGGCGAGCUCGAGGAGGUGAGGGAUAUGGUGAGGGAAGGGUUCGAGCUGCUGGGUGCGUUUAACUGGUCGGAUUACGUGCCGUGGCUACGCUAUUUCUGCGACCCGUAUCGCGUGGUGGAACGGUGCGAGGCUUUGGUGCCUCGAGUCAGGAAACUCGUCCGAGUCAUCAUCGAGGAGCACAGACUCAGUGGGUCGAGGAAGGUUUCUGAUAAUGAUGAUUUUGUGGAUGUUUUGCUCUCUCUUGAGGGUGACGAGAAGUUGCACGAAGAUGACAUGGUCGCUGUCUUAUGGGAAAUGAUUUUCCGAGGAACCGAUACGACAGCGUUGUUGACCGAGUGGGUCAUGGCCGAGUUGGUGUUACAUCAGGAAAUUCAAACCAAGCUUCGUGAAGAGCUAAAAUCCGCUGUGACCAAGAACACUCUAACCGACGCAGACGUGGCCAAACUCUCCUACCUCCAGGCCGUGAUUAAGGAAACCCUCAGGGUCCACCCACCCGGCCCACUUCUCUCGUGGGCCCGGCUGUCCACGUCGGACGUCCAGCUCAGCAACGGCAUGGUCAUUCCCGCCAACACGACCGCCAUGGUCAACAUGUGGGCCAUCGCUCACGACCCGUGCGUGUGGGCAGACCCGCAUGCUUUCAGGCCGGAGAGGUUUUCGGAGGGUGCCGACGUGGACGUCAGGGGUGGUGACUUGAGGCUGGCCCCGUUCGGGGCGGGACGUCGGGUUUGCCCGGGUAAGAACCUUGGGCUGGUGACGGUGGGUCUCUGGGUGGCCAAGUUGGUCCACCACUUCGAGUGGGUCCCGGACGAGACCAGCCCCGUGGACCUGGGUGAGGUUUUGAAGCUGUCUUGCGAAAUGAAGCAACCCUUGUCUGCUGUGGCCGUGGCAAGGAAUGUCUUGUGUUAGGGGGUUUUUGUUUGUUUGACCAAGGGGAAAAAGCUACUUGUUGGUUUUUCUUUUUAAGGUUUAGGAUUUGACAUGUUUGUAUUAAGUAUUUGGUUGAAUUGUUUUGGUUUUCUUGGACCUGAAGUAAAUUGGCUUGGCACGUGUUUUGGCUUGUAAAUUAAAUAGUAGUACCAAGUCAAAUGGUUUGAUGGGGUUUAAUGAAUUAUACUAGUAGCUCGAUAA